AUGUUACUGUUUGUUAUUCUGUGCGCAUUCUGGACUGUAACUCGUGGCUGGCAGUCAACUGUGGUCUCCAGGCCGCAACACAGAAGAAAUGAAACCAGUCACUUCAGUUCUUCACUUACUCCCGCCAACAUACUUGUAUCAUCGUCACUUUCAUCGAAGCGAUUAUCUUUCCUGGAAUCGUCAUCGCCACAAACCGGAAGAGCAAUGUCCGAGCGAGAGGUCAGCAGACGUGGCCAGGUACCUAUUGUUCAACAUGGCACAGGAGGCAGCUCUCUAGCUCUACAAG